GGUAGCUUUCUGUCAACUUAUCAAAGAUGGGGGCACGAGUCACGCGUAUGUUCAGAAACUUCAACCUGGAAAACAGAGUACACCGAGAAAUCUCCAAGGAGAAGCCGGCGGUAGCACCCCGACACGCGGGCAGCGUCCCGCCCUCCGCCGGCAGCGCUGAAGGUGCGGAGAUUGCGGACUCAAUGAACCAGAAGAACGCGCCGCUGCUCGCCCUCCUCAGGUCUGUGUAUGUGGAGUCCAAGGACCCAGCAGCAGCAGCAGAGGCAUCAAAGGAAGCGACAGCGGGGACAGAAGCGGAGCGGCGGCCACUAAGGUUCAGUCUGCCAGGGGACCCAUACGGCUUAGUGGAGCUCACAGACGUUCCCAAAGGCAAACUGACCAUCGCUGAGGCCCUGAAGGCCCUGAGCAGCCACCAGCGUCAGCCUGAGACAUGGACGCCGGAAAAGAUUGCUCAGGAUUAUUCUCUGGACUUGAAAGACACAAAAGCUCUGCUACGGUUCUUCAUCCCCUUCCAGGUUCAAAUCAUACCACCCAAGUCUACAAAUGCCAAGCAGAUAAAGGCUUCUUAGGACUAGAUUGUUGAUGAAUGGUAGACAAAAUAUUAUUGGAUUUAUUUAUGUAUAUGUCAAUAAAUUGCACUGUGAUAGUGACCUAACUGGGACUGAUGAGGCUUGAGUUUCUCAAGCUUGGGGUUUGGACGUAAGGUUGAUAUGUUGAUUUGUGAAACAAACUAAGAAAAAUUCAAAUGAUAAAAUAAAGUAUGAAGCUGGAGCCAGGAUGUGAGUAGCCUAGCUUAGCACAAAGACUGGAAGGAUAAAAUAGUUUCAGGACCUAACAUCAUCUAAUGCUGGCUGCACACCAGAGAAUCUUUGGGUCGAUUUUGAGUCCAAUUACGGGGGUGUUCCCAAUCCCAAAUGAUCCUGUAGUGUGAGAAUUUAGGUCACCAACAGAGGUUGCCCGAUCAGAAGCCAUCAACAGCCAAUGAGAGCGAGCUGCUUGGGAAGUGUCACUAGCGUGUUGUCUAUCUGCUCGCGCUAUAAAAUGUGUUUACCUGCUGAUUCCUACUUCUCAGCUUCAAGUUCAUCCACAGUUUUCUUCUGUUUUUGUUUUUCUGUGCAAAACACAGCUCACAUAAGUGCAGGUAUUUAAUGACGAGAGUCAGCCUCCAUGUUUGUUUCUGUCUGAAGUCCCGUUUGAUCACACUACUGAGAACCAAAGUCCCCGGAAACGCCACUCUGAAACCAUUGUAAAAACGUCAUGUGUGUGGUCCUGCAUCUGGACUGAAUCGUCUUGUGUGUGAUUAAAAUUUGAAGUUUAUUAAUAUUA